AUGUAUGCGCACCCCGAUCAAAUCGUGGCGAUCAGACCCGAGAACCAAGCUGACGGACUCCUGCGGCAGAAGGAAAUAUCGCGCUGCGCCCCUCUCAUCUCAUCGGCUCAUAUUUGGGUACGUAUUGUCGUAUCUGAGCGCGCGGGGGAGAAGGAGAAGGAGAAGGAGGAGGAGAAGGAGAAGGAGAAGGAGAAGGAGAAGGAGAAGGACAGGGUGAAAGUGAAAGUGAAGAGGGUAUAG